AAAGCUAACUUUUCUGACGCCAUUUUGAGCGAAUUUAUUGUUAAAUGAAUUACAGUAUAAUAUUGAAACUUUUAGGAAUAACUGUUUCAACUACACAAAGAAAUAACACAAAAUGUAUUAUAAAUUCGCUAUUUCACCUUAAUAUCAAUAGCAUUGCGUGUCUGCGGAGUUUUGAAAAUUGGCAUAGUUCUAAACGUAUAGUUGCUUUAAUAAGGCUUUUGUCAUAAUAAGAAAUAUCUAUUUCAAAUUUCUUUUGUUCUAUUGUGAAGCAGUGGGAAGAAGUGUCCAGUGUAUCUAUUGACAGCAUAAAUUCGGUAUAUUGACGGGACUAAAUUUACAAGAAACAAAUCAAUAUUCGUUAUGUAUUAACUUAUUUAUAAAGAUCCAGUUAGGUUGGAGUUAUGAUAACUGAAUUAAGAUAAAUUUUGUUUCAAUUGUGGAUAUAAAAAUAAUCAGUUAAAAUGUCAGUCGUCAUUUGUCCGCGUUUUUACCAGGAAGUGAACACAAAGAUGUACCGAUCCGACAGGCAUCCCAAAAGAGGGAAAUCAUCUGUGAGGAAAGAAAUGACGCCGAGUAGUGGCCGGGUCAGGGUUGGAGGAAUCUUUCGCAUUCAAGGUCAAGGUUACCAAAAGCAAGACCAAGAACACGCUGCAGACGGGGCAGCAGCUGCCUCCGGUAUCCUUAUGGCGUCCAACGCACUUCCGGCUGAUUCGGAGUCAGAAAAUGAUGGGGACACUAAUCCUAUGUUAGUUGACGAACUUGUGGGAAUAAAUAAAACUCUUGAAAAGCAAAUAGAAACACUAAGAUUACGUUUGGACUUCGAUACCCGGCAUCAUGAAGCGCAGAAAAGUGCAAUCAUUGCUGAAACGGGAGCCAAACUAAAAUCAAAAGCAGAGGAGGUUAAUAUACUCAAACAGCAGAUCAGUGCUAAAGAUGUUACUAUUAAAGAAGUCACGUGUGAAAAUGAGAAAAGAGAUGGCGAAAUUAGCUACCUAAGGCGCCAGAUUGAAGCUUUGAACAGUGAAGUUGAUAGUGCUAAAACGUAUGCAAAUGAUUUGGUGUCGGAACUAACAAACCUUACCAGAGAAAAAGAGCGUCUUGAAAUGGAAGGUGUGUUUGGUGAAAAGGAUAAAGAAGUUGAUGCUCUUAGAAAAGAGGUCAGUGAACUGAAACUUAACCUUACCAUGUUAGAAUCAGAAUUAACCAAGGCACGAGAAGUGAUUACAACCCAGAAUGGAAAAAUUAAAUUGAUGGAUUCAGAUAAAAAGUCCUUACAAUUGAAGUUUAAGGAGGAAUUAGCUAAGGUGUCGCAUUCAAUGCGUCUAGAAGUUGAGAAGAUGCGCGACGUUAUGAAAAAACAAUGGGAAGAGAUGCGUGCUCUGAGAGAACAAAACAUGUCAAUGAGCAGAGACAUAAAAGACAUUCGUAGUUUGUUGGUGAACGGUUGCCUUGACGACGAUGCCAAAGUCCAGCAGCAGCAGGACGGCAAAGGUCACGUGAUACCACAAGAACCUGUGGCUCCUCCUAUACCCGUGCCUCAGACUGCACGUGGGGGCAAGACAGUGUAUAACAAUUUUAACAUGGGAGCACUGAAACCUUCACUUCCGGUCUUGAAUAAAGAUAAAAAGAGUAACCAACGCAGGAAAUAAAAUGAUACUGACUUUUCUUCAAAAUGGUUUGGGGAAUAAUACGUUUAUAUUAUUUGGAUACAAUAAUUGGUUUCAUAAAUCAUUACGUCAGAAUUUCAGUGUCAUAAACAAUGUAAUUAUGCCAGAUUUCCAGUGAUAUGUAGCAUUUGAUGCAUGCACAGUCCACUUUUGUUUUAUCACUUUCGUCAACACUCUUAUCGUUUUGCUCUAAAAUGUAUGUUAUGUUAUGUGAGGGACAGAUACUAAGCCAUCAAACAUAUUUGCACAAAUGUAUUUAUUUCUGGCAUUAUCUAAUGUCAGAAAUUGAGAGUUAGACAACGUACAUGUGCGUUUAUUUAAAAAAGCGCUUUUCCACUUGCGUUUUUGCGUAAUACAUUGCAGUGAUUUCGUACUGUCAUACGACUUAUUCCCAAAAGCUAUCAUGUAAUCUAUGCAUUAUGUGAGGCAAAAAUCUGACAUUCAAUCACAAAACACAUUUAUAUGUUAAAACAUGCAUUCUUGCCUUUUCUGACAUUAUUUGACGAUCAAUAGCUGAAAGCUUAUAAAUUUUCAUUUUAGAAAUACGUUUGUACACUUGCGUUUUUUUUACGUUAAUCGCAUUUUUAGUAUCUUGUCAACUUUAAACUUGGACACCUGUCACAGCUUUAGUCAUUGUUCUUUUUUCAUUUCUUAUACAUAAUUAUUGACUUGCAGAUUUAUAAUAAAAUCUUGAUGUUGCAUA